AUGGCGCUCCCGGCACCCGAGACGAAGAACUUGCCCGUGCUCCAUCAUCCGCUGCCGGGCGGCAACACGGCACUCCUUAACCAGCGGGCCCGCGACCAAGGCGAAGGCACGACGGGCACGACACUCUGGCUCGGUGCGCAAGUACUCUCAGCGUAUCUGGCCAAGCACGGCGCAGACUCGCGAAACAAGGAGCCAAAACUGCGUGCGCUGGAGCUCGGCGCUGGUGUCGGACUUCUCUCCCUCACACUCGCCGAGAUGGGAUACGACGUGCUGAGCAGCGACAUUGACCCCGUCGUCGCCAUCCUCGAGAGCAACAUGAAGGCGAACUGGGCGCUUGGCAACGUCGCCGUCACAAAGGUCGACUGGCUUAAUCCGCCGCUAUUGGAGGGAGAGUUCGACAUCAUCGUCACUGCUGACACGAUCUACACGCCCGACCUUGUCGAUCCGCUCUGGAACACUGUUGCCCGGUAUUCUGGGCCGGGAACGACAAGCUACGUCGCUGUCGAGAACCGUGACCCGCGGUUGAUGGAGUCGGCGUACGAGAGAGGGAAGGAGCUCGGCUUUGACGUGAAGCGCAUCAACGCGAACCGAAUCGUCAAGGCUGUGGAGAGAGUUUGGGGAUGGAAGAAGGGAGAGGGCUGGGAGGGCGUUGAGAUCUGGAAGGCGAAGUACCGAGGGAAGAAGGAGGACUCGCCAAAGGCGUAG